AAGCACUUUGAUUAGUUUUGAAAACCAGCAAUUGUGCGGAUUGGCGCGAGGUCAGGCCAGGAGGGUCAGGCAAACCCCUGUAUAGAGGUGGUUGUUAUAGAGAAGUGGGUCUUAUGAUGAGGUUCUGCUGUGCCCAGUUAGCUUAUAUUGAUAGAGCACCCGGAGAACCAUAUAAUACUAAUCGCUUGGAGAUAUUGGUACAUAUGCAAUCAACAAGAUUAAUCGAUCAAUUCUCUCAACAACUUCCUGUCAUAGUUGUCUGAUACUGUGUAUACUGGUUUACAAAAUCAAUUUCUUGUUAUGAGAAGUACCAUUCUUCAAAAGAAAUGUUUUUCUGUCAUAUUAGAGAUGUGUCUUAGAGUUGCACUCCUAGAAUUGCACGUCUGGAUAGAGACUCGUAAGUGAUAGCUGCUUAUUAACUUAGGUUAUUCGGCCGCCUGUCAGUUAUGAAUGAGAACGCCGACAGUUUUUUUGGGGUCUCUCUAAUAUGUUGUGACCGGGUCAUCCACAUUCACAUCCUCUCUCUUUUAUGAAAAGUCUUAAAUGAAUGCGAAAUUGUCUUCUUUUCAGUCCGCCAUACUAUUGAAGAAAUGGACUUUCGGUGGAAGGAAGAAGAGCCGAUCACACUCUUCAAUGAGGAGUUGGCUGAAUUCGAUGUGGUUAAAUUUGAAGUGGAGUCAAAAAAGGCUUCCUAUGUUUCAGGAAAUUACAAGAACUUGAUCGUGACGUUCACGUUUCAUCGCCGCAUGGGUUUCUAUUUCAUUCAAUUCUACAUACCAUGUAUUGUGAUGGUUUCCCUGAGCUGGAUCUCGUUCUGGAUGGAUCGAUAUUACAUCGGAGAACGACUCUCCCUCGGAGUCACGACCAUACUAACGAUUGUGUUCCUGCUCGGGUCCAGUAACUCGACCAUGCCUCGGGUCAGCUAUGCCAAGGCAAUUGAUUGGUAUCUUCUUGGCUCCUUCAUCUUCGUGUUUUCUACGCUGGUCACAGAUUUACUAGUCUACAGGUUCCGUUCGAAGGAAGAAUCGAGGCAGAAAGAACAAGAAGGAGAAGAAAAGGAACAGAAGCAUCAAAACAAUAAAAUAGUGUUCCAGUGUAAACAUGGCUUCCAACCAAACUACGUUGCUGACGCUAACGGCCAUGUACACUUAGUCAGCCAGCAAGAAAACAAAGCUGAACAAAGAUCGCCGUGCAAAAGCAAUCUGAUCACGUGCUGUAUGGCUUGUACCCAGUCUACAGAGAGCGAGAAAACCGACCUCAGUGUGCUUACCAACAAAUGCUGUCGGUACAUGUUCCCUAUAUCCUUCGCGAUUUUCAACCUCGUUUAUUGGCUGGCACUAAGUACCGGAAAUUGACUUCUGAUUGGCGACUCACUACGAAGUGAAGAACUUGAGAUCAGCUAACAUUUCAGUGUACGAAGGAGGGAAAUGUACGGCGUUGAAGUAGAUAAAAGCAUAAUUUGCACUGCUAGAUCUACAGUGGAUCUCAUGACAGACUGAAUUAGAAACCGCUCUACCCGUUACUUAUCGACCUGGAAUGACUGCAGAUGACGUAAAGUUGAGAUGCAUGACAUAUAGAGAGUUUGUGGCGUCAUACAUUUUUGUUUUUAAUGUAUG